AAAAAACAAAACAAAACAAAGCGGUGUAAGGGUACAAGUAAUACAGAACUACAAAAAAAAAACAGUAAGAAAUCACCAGUUAAUAGAUUACAUAUUAUCAUCUUAGAGAUAGUUGCUCAAAUCACAGUAUCAAAACAUACAAAGUGGACAUUCAAACAGUGAGACUGCAAACAGUUGUGUUCAAUGAUCCAACCAAAAACAUUAAUAUGGUCAGCUAUUUAACACCCCUAAACACACUUGCUGUUGUAUCCUUUAGAGCUCUUUUUUCCCUCUUUUUUACAACAAAAUUUACACAUUUUGGGUUUUAUUACUCCUUAGUUCUUAUUACUUUUGGGGGGGGACAGAAUAAAGUCAAAUAUGGCAAAACAAAGCUGUCAGUCAAAACCAAGGAUAGACAUAGCACAUGAUGUAAAACAGAGUACAAGGUUAUCAACAAUGGUUAUCAACAAUGUCUAUUGUUUCCUUAAAAAGAAUUGUCUAUCUCAUUAGAUAUUAUAAAGUUGAACAAAACAGUAGAGAACAAGACCAAUAAAAGUUAGGCAUUGUAAACAUUACAGGACUUUGACAGAAGUCCUUCGACAGAAGUACAUGCUACCCACGGAAGCAGCCCGCAGCAGGAUGACAAGCCCUCUACUUCCAAAGGUCCUCUGGUGAGUUCUUCAAAAGGGAAGGCCCUUUCCCGGAGUGCUAAGCAUUUGCAGCUUACACCUAUUCACCUCAUGGAUGAGGCCUCCUCACUGUCUCUAGUCAAGAUUAAUCCUUUUACUCCUGAGUCCUAUAAGAAAUUAUUCCUUCAAUCCAUGGGCAAGAGGAAAACCCCAGGAGAUCCUGAGAAAACUGAUGAAGAGAAAGGCCAAAUACAAGGGCUUCCUGCUAAGAAAAGUGUUCUAUGAGAAACUAACAUGGCUUCCUGCUAUGAAAAAGAAUUCUUGGAGCUCGAAAAAAUUGGAGUUGGGGAAUUUGGUAUCGUCUACAAGUGUGUUAAGAGGCUGGAUGGAUGUAUUUAUGCAAUAAAGCGCUCUACAAAACCUCUGGGAGUGUUAUCAAACGAAAAUGCGCACUUGCGUGAAGUUUAUGCUCAUGCAAUGCUUGGGCAGCACCCCCAUGUAGUACGCUAUUACUCCUCCUGGGCAGAAGAUGACCAUGUGAUCAUUCAGAAUGAGUACUGCAAUGGUGGAAGCCUGCAAGCUGCUAUAUCUGAAAACACGAAGUCUGGUAAUCAUUUCCAAGAGCCGAAACUCAAAGACAUCCUUCUGCAAAUUUCCUUGCAGCUUAAGUACAUCCAGAGCUCUGGCCUGGUGCACCUGGACAUCAAGCCUAGCAUCAUCUUUAUUUGUCAUAACACAUGAAGUGAUUGUCCUGGAGUCCCAGAAGAGGCUGAAAAUGAAGCUGACUGGUUUCUCUCUGCCAGUGUAAUAUAUAAAAUUGGUGACCUGGGUCAUGUGACGUCAAUAAGAAAACCCCAAGUGAAAGAAGGAGAUAUUCGCUUCCUAGCUGAUGAGAUUUUUCAAGAGAAUUAUCAACACCUUCCCAAAAGUGAUAUAUUUGCCCUGGGAUUAACAAUUGCACUGGCAGUUGGAGCCAAUACUUUACCCAGUUGUGGUGAAGACUGGCACUGGAUCCAUAAGGGUAACUUUCCGGAUGUCCCUCAGAAGCUCACAGAAGAUUUUCACAAUUUUCUCAAGAAUAUGAUCCACCCUGAUCCAAAAGAGAGACCUUCUGCAGCAGCCCUAGCCAAAAGUCAAGUUCUCCGGCCCUCCCAGAGCACCACAGAAGAGCUCCAGCGGCAGCUCAUCUUGGAAAAGUCUAAGAUAGCCGCACCGGAAAGGGAACUGAGAAAAAUCCAGCAGGCCAGGUCCUCCCAGGGAGACCUCCACCCUGACAAUCCUGAGGUCUCUGCGGGCCAAACAGAAUCAAGAAGUCCAAAACACCCGGCGAGAAGAAAGAGAGUGAAGUCUUCAAGUUUUAUUGAUGACCAAUCUUCCCCAUAAGAACUCACUUCCCACCAGCCAACUUUAUACUAUAAACCCUCCAGAAAGAUAUUGAUCACCAACUUUCCUCUUUCAAAAUGGAAAAACUAACCAAUUUAAAUGCCCAAAGAUUUCAAAAGUCAUCUUAAUGUAGCAUUUAGAGUCAAGAUUACAAAGCUACUAAAGCUUUUUAUUCACAAUGGUUUAAGGUACAAUAAUUGGUAGCCAUUUUUCUUCCCAAUUGUUAUAUUCCUAAUGCUACCUAUCAACAACUUACCUACUUCUUACAUUUUCUAAUUAAUGAGAAUACAUGGGUCGCUUAAAGAAAAGAACAGGCUUUGACUUGGUCUGUGGACUAAAAAUGCUGUUGCUAAUUUCUCACCAAAGAUCUCCGAAAGAAAAAGUUUGGCUUGAGUUGAAGUAAGACCCUACAAGAAAAUGUGUGUGGAUUUAGACAGUGCUUCCCAUGUUAUAUGAUGCUAUUCCUAAAAAAAGAAUUUCUAGCCCCUCUGAGUAACAGUUUUUGUAAUAUAUUUUGUGGAUUUUGUAUUUAGUAAAUUAAUAGCUCUACCACUAUGUGAGGUGAGGACUACAAAUUGCAUGGAUAUGCCUGAGCUGGUUACUAACUUGUGAAACAAAAACACUGCAAAUAGAGAGCUCAAGAUGCAGUUGUUCUGUCUCAGUCAAGUUGUCUUAACCCUCUUGUGGCUAUUGAUUGAUUUUGACUUUCUGGAUAUCACUUCUUUCUCUUGAUUUUGCAGAAUCUGGCCUUAUUUCCUGUGAUUUUAAGGAUAUUUUUAAUCCAAAUCUUUCUCUGUGUACAUUUUAAAGCACAAAGCUAUUUGUAAAUAAAGGUUUUUAUCUUGUCCAAAAAAAAAGAAAAAAAAAUACUGAAAAUCUUUUGCACAGCAAGAGAAGUCACCAACAUAGUGAAGAGACAAUGCACAAACGUGGGAGAAAAUGUCUGCCAGCUAUUCCUCAAAGGAUUACUAUCGAGAACAGAUAAAGAACUAAAAAAAAAAAAAAUCAGUAAUACCAGAUUACAGAUCCAAUCCAAAAAUGAGCAUCUGAGAUGAAUGCACACUUCUCAGAUGAAGAACUACACAUAGAAAAUAAAUACAUGAAAAAAUGUUCAACAUCAGUGGCCAUU